UUUUUCGUUAUUUCCACAUUUCUUUGUUACGUUUAAGAACUUUUGUUUGUUGUUUGUUUUGUAUUAUUUAUUAUUUUGUUUGUAUAAACAAAUUUUAUCUUGAAUUUUUUUAUUUUUUUUCAUGGAUAAUCAAGAUAUAAUGAACAACGAGGACAAAAAAUUCUCCUACGAGAAGGAGGACAUUUUAUCUGCCGUUCGAGAAAAUAAUUACGAAAAUUUAAAGGAAAUAUUUUCUUAUUUCAAAAAUGAACAGAAUCUCGCUGCGGUUAUAAAUUGCCAUCAUGAACAUGAAGAUUGUAUUCUUCUUCUGGCACUGAGAACAAGAGACGUGAAAAUUCUCGAUUUAUUUCUAAACAAAGGACUCUGCGAUGUAAAUGAAAAAAUUCAGGACCUUCUCCUACACGAAGCGAUUAAAAUAAAUGAAAUUGGAAUUUUAAACAAACUUAUCGAGAAUGGUUGCGUUAAUAAUCAAUCAAUUUGCGAACAUAAACUACCACCACUCUUUGAAUUAAUCGAACAAGGACGAUUAGAGUGGAUACGAAGAUUCUACGAGGUCGGAGUUUCGUUUCAACAAAGAACAAAAAACCAUCUGCCAUUGUUGCACUUCGCUUUCAAAAUUCAAGGAACAACUAAAGAAUUAUUAAAGCUUCUAAUAGCGUACGGCGCCGAAUUAUCCAUAAAAGACCCAAUUACCGAUCUUACCCCAUUACAUUACCUGAUAAGUGAAAAAGUACUAAAGUCAAACCGACAGAAAGUGAAAUUUAUCAAAAUUCUCCUAAAAUUUGGUGCCGAUCCGAAUUGUUAUACGAAAAUAAAGGACGAAUACGUUUUGUACACUGCACUUCGAAUGGAAAAUCAUUUCGCCGUUCGGCUUUUAUUAAUACACGGUGCAAACAUCAACAGUUUUGGAAUUAUAAGCGAAGAGGUUGUCAACUAUUCCCAAAGACCUAAUUUAACAAAAACGACAAAUUUAAUUCGUAAUUUAUUCUACCUUCACAGGGAAUUAUUCACUAGUCUCUAUAUCGAGCAGAAAAAAAUUGAUCAACGUCUUUUAAAAUUACGAAAUAUUCUCAAUGUCGAUGUAAUGUUGGAUCAAUUGGCCCAUUGUGGAACAAUUUAUGGCAUUAAUCCACAAGCAAUUGUCACGGCAAAUGAAAAUAAAUUAACCGCAAUGAUGAGGAAUGAAGAAAUGUGGACAAUUUUGGUACUGCACAUGUAUCGCUAUCCAACGUGGUAUUGGAUAUUGAAGUUUUUAGUGAAAAAAGGCAAGGAGAGACAAAUUUUGUUGGACAAAUGCGGUGAGCCAUUCACGCGUGCUAUGAAGGGACGAUUAAAUUAUUAUGUUGUCACGGAAAUAUUGAAUUACUUGGGUAGAACUGAUUUACGUUCAUUGUUGGCCGCAUGUUGUCCGGAAAGUUGUAUGGAGAGAUUGGUACCGAAAUUGUACAGAUUAGCGUAUAGCGAUAGCGAAAUUUUUAAAGCUGUUCAAUCAAUGGGUAUACCGAACAUUAGGGGCAUACUUUGUUAGUUUAUGUAAUUUUUUUUGUGUUAUUUAAAAGAAAAAUGAAUAUUCCACGUACGAUAAUUUUAAUGAAUUUACAAUAUAGGAAAUUGUACCAGAGAAUUAUAAUAUUAGAAAAAUAUUCAAUGCAACUUGUAAAUAAUUUUAUGGUUAAAAAUUAAAUUAAAGAUAAACGGAAAAAUUGAUACACGAA